AUGAGCACAACAGAGCCGUACACCGAGGAAGAAAAAACAAUAAUGAGUAAGUUGGCAAACAAGCCUCAAAAGCUGCAAAUGUACAUGGAUCACUCGAAAACACAAGAGGUAACGCCAAAUUUAUUAAUCAACGGAAUUGUGUGGUAUUUUACAGAAUGUUGGACUCCUGGACGCUGUGGACACGAUCACCAUCUUGGAGUUUAACAGAUACUCGAAUAACCUGGUCGCACCCAUCCAAGAUACAAGUGAGUCCUUUUUCACAGAAUGUACUACUAUCGAUUCCAGUCAUCAUGCAAGAUCUUCGAUGUCUGGAGAGGAGCAUAAAAGGAGAGGAAAAGUGCAUUCUGAGCCAUGGGGCCAGUCAGUAUUUGAUAUGGAGAAUCGCGGACAACCAGAACCGUCAGUUGUACGUUCAAACUCUAGCAACUUCAGUUCGAAUCCUCAUUCAUUUUCAGAAAACAACAGACAUACAUGUUUGGCCUGAAUGUCUGCAACGUUGAUGUGAUCGAGAAGAGUUCUGAUGACUUUUCUGAAGUAAGCCUCGUCGGGAUUCUUCACAAAGUGGCACUUUUCAGCUCACUGUUCAAUUUGAAACGUUCUGGAAGAAAUAUUCACCGGGCAGCUUGUUCAAACGGAAAAUCAUUAUGUUCCCUGUUCACCGGAAAGGUGAAGUCUUUCUGACUUUAGUGGAGACUGAGAAUUGGCCACGAGAAGACACAUUAUGUGAUUGGAGCCUCAUACACUUUGGAACUGGGGAUUUAGAAGAGUACAAGUGAGCCUCUGAUAAGAUUGAACUUUUUGAGCAGCCGAGUAGAACUCAGCGGAACUCAACAAUUGUUUGCAUUUCAGAUCAACUGUUGGACGGAAAAUACUGAAAAUGCUCGACUUGGCAUCGGAAAUUGUUGAUUCGGGAGAAGAAAAAGCACACCGCCCGAAUUCUACCCGCCAAUCUGAAGAAGCUUUCCCAAGUGUGGCGAAAGCGGACAAACCCUUUCUUCUACUCUACUUUUUGAACCGAAUUCUGACUACAGCUUCAGAAUUUCCGAAUUGGGUAUGCCUAGAAUCAGAGUUGAGUGGAAUCGAUUUUUUGAAAAGGCGGAAGGCGGAAAGCGGAGGCGGAAGGCGGAAAGCGGAAGGCGGAAGGCGGAAAGCGGAAGGCGGAAUUCCGCUCAACUCUGCCUAGAAUGCAAGCAGAGGACAACAAAUCUUUUUCAGAGAAAAGCGAUUAAUGAGUUCAACACAAGACCCGACCGACUGCACCGAGACCUCAUUUAUCAUCGGAGGAGGCUGUGUGCGGAGGUGAUGAACGCAAUUGACGUCGUGAGUUUCCGUCACUUUUUCGGAGUAAUUCUGUUCGAUUUCAGAACGGAACAAAGAUGGCAAAGCACCUUGUCAGCCAGCGAGCAAGAAUAGUGAAGCGUCAGUUGGAGCGGGGCACAGAAGAUAUGGACGAUGAACCGCCCAAGAAAUCGAUACGCUCAGAGAAUUCCUGA